AUGGGUGUUUGUUUCUUUUUAAAAGUUUCAAUUUCUUCAAGUCAAAAUAUCACCUACAAUAAAGACUGUGAAUUUGAUAAAAAACCUGGAGACUCUUUGGAACCUGAAGACCAAUUGGAGCCCAAAAAUUCUGAAGACUUGUUGGAACCCAAAAAUCCUGAAGACUUGUUAGAACCUGAUGAUUUAUUGGAGCCUAAAAACUCAUCGGAACCCGAAAAUUUAUUGGAACCUGAAAAUUCUACAGAACCCAAAGACCCACUUUUUCAGCUUGGUCAUGCUUACUCAUCUCUUGAAGCCUUCAAAUACGUUGCUGAUCAAUAUGCUAUAACAAACGGGUUUAAGGUGAUUCUCUAUAAAAGCAAUAAUCGUAGUGAUGGUGUUCAUUACACUCAAGUUUUUGCAUGUGAUCGAUACGCUGUUUUUAACCAUAAUCAUCCACUAAUUCCAGUUCGACUUAUGCGCGUUUUGAACCGUGAAAUACCAGCAGAUAUUAAGGAAGAAAUCCUUCUUGUAAAAAAAGUAGGCAUUUCAACAUCACAAAUCCAGUCGUUACUUGUUGUGAA